CAUCUGUUUCUCUCUUUAUUCUUUUUUUUUUCUUUCCGAUUUAUCAUCAACAUCUACUUGCGUUCUCUUUCUUUUUUUCUAUAUGAAUUCAUCACCCAAAGCCGCUUGGCUACAAAAAAUGACAUUGACCAUGGGCAGGACCCGUUGGCAAUCGCGCUUUUUUGUUCUACUGGACACUGAAAUUCGAUAUUACAAAGACGAGCAUGCUGCCGUUCCUAAUAAUAUAUGGAGCUUACGAGAUGUAAGUCGUGUACAACAAAUACCGAUGAUGGGGUAUCGAUACUGUCUUUCAUUGGAUCCAGUUGCCGUGACAACGUCAUAUAGUCGCGGUGGUACGAAGAAAACACACAGGAAACCCUUGAUCUUAGGCUUCACUUCUGCCAUUGAAAUGCAUACUUGGUUGGGAUGUAUUCAAAAUCGAUUAGAUAGAUUAAUCACCUCAUCAUCAUCAUCAUCAUCAUCAAAUACACUAGCUGUACCUCAAGCGUCUACAUCAUCAUCAUCAUCACUAUCUCGUCGUCGUGGUGUAAUUUUAUCUUCUUUGGAUAUCAAACAAUAUACUGUAUUACCUACUUUGGUUUCCCCUUCUACAUCUACUUCUUCGUUAUUAUCAUCAUCAUCCACCCUUUCUAGUGCUCAUUCCUCCAUAUGGCCAAUGAUGACUCAUUCUUCAUCACAGAAAACUUAUCAUCAUUUAAUCAAUGAUGAUACCAAUGAUGAUCAGGAUGAGACAUCAUCUCCUACCUUUUUACAAUAUAAAUCCCAAUUUCAUUUGUCUACAGUUUAAUUUUUUUUUGUAUGAUAACUAAAGUAAUUCAAAUAAAAAGAAAACAUUGUUGUAUAUUUA